AUGGUUUACUAUAUUCGUUUCCUCAAGACCCCGAGGUUUCAGAAACAGAAACCCGGGUCUAUAUCCGUCUCCGCUCUAAUUUGCAUCACUACAGACCUGGGAGACGAUUUUCUUGCACAAGAUGUGAAUUUGCUUGUAACACUGAGUCUCAGUGACUCUGGUAAAAUUCUGUAUCAGGAACCAUUGAGCUGGAAGGCUGGAAGGCGCGAGCUUCCAGUAAUGCUCGGGCCCUUUUCUGCCAGUAUUUCUCAGCAGACAAUCGUCCUAGGCGUGACGGCCACAAGUCCGCAGAAGCGGUCUCCCUCACCAGAUCGCUUGCUGGGCAAUUCCAGUCUUCCUUUAGUCAUGUCAGCCUGGAGCGCACCUUUUGGUGGGUCGCCGUCCUCGGUAGCAGAGAAGCUUGUUGAGAGACGCUUUGGACCUAAGGAUCGCCUAGGCUUGAGGAUUUGGGAAGAGACUGGGAACAGCAUAGCUCGGCAUAUCUGGGAUGCGGCGGUGGCUUCGGUCGUAUACCUUCAGCAGAUAGUGACUGGAGACCCUGCAGUCUCUGUGCCAUUGUUGCAGGGUCUUCUUCGCGGCGAACGCAACUCUCCUCUCCAUGUUCUCGAACUAGGAUCAGGGUGUGGCGUUGUAGGGAUUGCUCUUGCAGAGCUUCUCCCUCAGUGUUCUGUAGUACUUACUGAUCUACCCGAGGUGGAGGAAAUUGUGACACAGAACAUAGCUGUUGCGAAACCGGCCGAUUCCUCUGAGCUCGAGUUCCGCACCCUUGACUGGGAUGAAGAACUUCCGAGUGACUUGUGCGGUGGCUCGAUAGAUCUUGUUCUAGUGUCGGACUGUACCUAUAAUGCAGACAGCUUGCCCGCGCUGGUUUCAGUAUUAAGCCGGUUAGUGCAACUGUCGCCCGAGGUUGUCAUUUUGGUGGCAUUGAAGAGACGUCAUGAAAGCGAGUCUAUCUUCUUCGACCUGAUGCAGUCUGCUGGGCUCCACAAUUUGCACCUAGAUCAGAAGCAACUCCCAUCACAACAUGGUCAAUGUGACGAGAUUGAAUUGCGUUGUUACGGCCGAGAAAGGAAUGUUUCAUCAAUAUAA